UCCAACGAAGAGUCGUGCGCACGCCCGCGGUGUCGUCGAUCUCUGACAGACGUGCUAGAGGAGCGGCUGCGGACGGUCACGACAUGGCUCAACAAAAGGACCUAGAAGGAUAUGUUGGCUUCGCAAACCUUCCCAACCAAGUCUACAGGAAGUCAGUCAAGAGAGGCUUUGAGUUUACGCUCAUGGUUGUAGGAGAAUCCGGGCUGGGGAAGUCUACGCUCAUCAACUCCCUGUUCCUGACAGACCUGUACUCCAGUGAAUACCCUGGUCCUUCACACAGAAUCAAGAAGACUGUGCAGGUGGAGCAAUCAAAGGUGUUAAUAAAGGAAGGAGGAGUCCAGCUCCUCCUCACAAUAGUUGACACCCCAGGAUUUGGAGAUGCUGUGGACAACAGUGAUUGCUGGCAGCCGGUCAUUGACCACAUCGACAGCAAGUUUGAGGACUACCUCAAUGCAGAGUCCCGUGUGAACAGGCGGCAGAUGCCGGACAACAGGGUCCAUUGCUGCCUUUACUUCAUCGCCCCAUCAGGACAUGGACUAAAACCACUGGAUAUCGAGUUCAUGAAACGGUUGCAUGAGAAAGUGAACAUCAUUCCUUUGAUUGCCAAAGCUGACACACUCACUCCUGAGGAGUGCCAACAAUUCAAGAAGCAGAUCAUGCGAGAAAUCCAGGAGCACAAAAUCAAAAUCUAUGAGUUCCCUGAGACAGACGAUGAGGAAGAGAGAAAGCUGGUGAAAAAGAUCAAGGACCGCUUGCCUCUUGCUGUUGUCGGUAGCAACACCUCCAUCGAAGUCAAUGGGAAGAGGGUUCGAGGGAGGCAGUACCCCUGGGGUGUAGCGGAAGUGGAAAAUGGGGAGCACUGUGACUUCACAAUCCUACGAGACAUGCUCAUAAGGACUCACAUGCAGGACCUGAAGGAUGUGACCAACAACGUACACUAUGAGAACUACAGGAGCAGGAAGCUGGCGGCUGUCACCUACAAUGGAGUGGAUAACAACAAGAGCAAGGGCCAGCUCACCAAAUUUGACACAGUUGAAGGCAUAAGCCCGUUGGCCCAGAUGGAGGAGGAGCGGAGAGAGCAUGUCGCCAAGAUGAAGAAGAUGGAGAUGGAGAUGGAGCAGGUCUUUGAGAUGAAGGUCAAGGAGAAGGUGCAGAAACUGAAAGACUCUGAGGCAGAGCUGCAGCGACGUCAUGAACAGAUGAAGAAGAACCUGGAGGCGCAGCACAAGGAGCUGGAGGAGAAGCGGCGCCAGUUUGAGGAGGACAAGGCCAACUGGGAGGCACAGCGCCUGCUAGAGCAACAGAAACUGGAUGCUUCCAGGACCUUGGAAAAGAACAAAAAGAAGGGCAAGAUCUUUUAAAAUAUGUGAGGAACUCCCAGGGAGAGAGGUUGGGGAACUCCAUGUUGUGCUCUCUGCCAGUCUGCCAGCCCUGUGCAGCAGUGUUUCGGCUAGCCAGCAACACACCAGGUCAGCGUGACAUUGCCCUGCAUGCGGGAUGACUGACGCAGUGCUUUACACAAGCCGGCCCGGUGUAUUAGGGCACUUACCCUAAAUGAAAUGUAGAACCUGGAUACGUUUAUCAGAUUUAAGGGUUUUUUAACUUUUUUUUUUUUUUAAUUGUUAUUCCAGUUUUAAUGAAAAACAUUGGCCAAAUUAUGCAAAGGAAAUUUUCUAAUGCUGUACAAUCAAGGUUUGCAUUUGGUUGAUUAAACCAUGAUCUUUCAACAUUGCUGAACGUUCCAGUGUUUUCCCAGAACCUGCUGUUAUCUUUCUUUAUGCUUCUUUGUAAUAGAAAGCAUGGAACCUCAUGCCAAGUCUACACUUGUCAAUUGGUUUGUGUCAGAUGACAAAUGGCUAAUGAGAGAUGUGAACAGAAACUUAAAGGCCAGCUUGCAACUCAGGCUUUUUUGUAUUUUUAUUUGUGAUUGCUUUAUCUCUUUUAAAAAAAAAAUUGCUUCCAUUUCUAGUAUAUAAUUUAAAAUACUUUUCCCUGGACCACAAUUUAUAACUUUUUUUAUGUGAUACUACUUAUACAUGUAUUUGUUUUAUAUAUUGGCCUUCACUAAAGUUCACGUUAUAUGGCGUGUGUGUUCAGUUGUGGGGGGUAGACUCGUCUGUGGACCAUGUAGUUUCAUAGGCAUUUCAAACUGAAUAAAGGAGAACGUUUGUAACUACUUGUUUGAAUAAACAUGUAACAGAGUUGGCUCUCCUGAUAAUUCAAAGCCAAUGCCAUAUUUACUGUAGCUUUGUUCAUGCGAUGCAUUUAUGUAUUAAUUUUAUUUUUAUUCGUAUCGUACAAAGUCACAAAAUAAACAUGUGAUGAUA